UCAAAUUAAAAGAACUUUCAUCCAAUUUUUUGACCAAAUAAAUGCAAAUUUCUGCGAGAAAUGCAAAAAUUUAUGAGACAUGAGUGACAAAACGAUGGAUUUGCCCAAAUAUUGGGUGAAACGUGUCUCCAAAACGAGAAAUGGCAAGGAAUAUUACUUCAACACGAAGACGAGUGAAAGUGUUUGGCACUUGGCGGAUGUUUUAAAAGCAAAAUCAGCAAAAACUAAACCGAAAAUUGCUGACACACCGGAUAAGAAGCGGAAAUUAGAGGCUCAUAGUACACCAAAUUUAGCGGAAAAUCGAUUGAAAUCGCUACAAAAGAGUUUUUCGGAGACAAAAUCGAACGAGAAUAAGGCAGUGGAGAAGCUUACUAGUCCGGAGAAGAGAUUGCAUAAAGUUUUAAGUGCAACUUCCUUCAAAAAGCGCAACAUAGCUGAGGAUCGAAUGAAAACCUUGCAAAACAAUCUGAAGAAGGAACAAGUCAAAACGGAAUUGCUCAAAAAUCACGCAAAACCCCCAAAAAGUGCCAAUGUCAGUCAUAACAACAACGAAAUUGACAAAAAAGAAGAAAAUUCGACUUCCAGACGCAAAACAACAAGUGCCUUAACAACCGACGCGGACCUCACGACCAAAUAUCGUGACUUUGUAGCGCAACUCAAGCCCGUAUCACCGCCCAAAAAUGAAGAAAAGUCCAAAACGGAAGAAGUUACCAAUAAAUCUGUGAUGAAUUUAUCGACUUCAGUACAAAAUGAAACUUCAAAUUGCUCAAAUGAUGCCAGUAACGAUUCCGUACAUUCUGAACCAAUGGACUGGGAAUACACGAGCGACGACAUCUCCAACGUGACUUUGGACCAAUCGCAUUCGACAUCAAAAGACGUCACGGAACCCUUAGACAAAUUUGAAACGAUGGAGCAAUACCUGAACUACAAAAAUCUCAUCAACGAUGAGCAAGAAAUUGAUCAAAAGUACUUUUACGUCAUCGUCGACACAAAUGUUUUCAUCUCUGAUCUCGAUUUUGUCGAAAAAUUAAUCAAAAUUAAUUUUAAAAAUUUCGGGCAUCCGGUAAUAAUUGUUCCGUACAUCGUCUUGCAAGAAUUGGACAAAAUCAAGUCGCGUUUCGAAAGUAAAUUCAUGACGUUGUCCCUGAAAGCCAAAUCUGCCAUUCAUUUCCUCAAUGAGAAGCUCAAGGAGCAUCAUAAGCAAUUUUGUGGCCAAUCUGCGAAAGACGACGCUGAAAAACUCAUUUCCAUAACGUCGCAAGAUGAUGACAUCGUCAAUUGUGCGCUCCAAGUGAAGGAAAAGGCCAAAGAUGCUGUGAUACUGCUGAGUAACGACAUCAAUUUGCGCAACAAAAUGAUUGUGAACGGUAUUAAUUCGUAUUCGACGUCGGAUUUGGAGGCGAGUCGCGAUACGUUGAAGUUUUUUACGCCGAGUUAACGGCUGUGCUAAGGUAGUUUAAGAAUACGUGUAACAUUUUGAGUCAUUUGAAAUUUUUUGGAUGUUACACAAGAUUUUUUUUUUCUCUCUCUCUCGGGAACAUUAA